AUGACGGCCCAACGAGACUCGGGCUCGACUGCCCCGUCGGCUGCGAAGGAAACUGAGACUUCGCAGCAGUGUUCGGAGGCCCUUCCAGUCUUCUGUCUCCUAGAUGGAAACAGUGAAUCCGGGCCGUACUUGCCUCUUGGACCGACGAGCGGGGAUGGCAGCCUGAAUGGCGCCUUCUUUUAUGAUGCAAAAGCUCACGUAUUGAAGGAGAUUGGGGUUGACGAAGACAUUGUGCACGUGGCUCCGCUCCCGGCGAUUCGUGGCGCAGGAUCGAAGGGAGGGUCCGAUACACAGCUUUGCCUCGCAGUCACUUCAGCAGCGACAAGAGCGUCAAAACCGAAGGAUGAGCACCCUUCGGAACUUCAGGCGGAACUGCGGUGCCAUCUGGUGUCUUGCUCACCUCUCGGCGUCCUCUCCAGCUGCACAGUCGGCCAGUGCUCGCUACGCGCGCAGCCUCAGGGAGGACGAGGGCGCCAGGCCUUGGACCAACGAAAGAAGAGCUCUUCCGGGCAGAGCAACCAAAAGACCAAUUCACCCUGCACAUAUCACGUUGGCGUCAGCGAUUCUCUGCUGGAAGACGGCCGCCUUCACGUUGUCCUUUUUGCUGGAGUGGACACCGAUGAGCGUGACUGCCUGUACGCACCGCUGGACGUCGUUUCGGAAGGCUCGUCCUUUACAUUGAGGCCCGUUUGCCCGACUCCCGCCGAACAUGGCGAAGGCGAAAAGAGCGACAAGCUGUGCCAAGUUCUCCCGGUGCUCGCUUACCAGCGUUCAACUUGUUCGUUCAUCUCGGCCAGACGCUUUCGCCGCAUGCUUUGCGCCGGAGACGGAGACGAUCCACGGCGCGGGGGUGUUUUGCUCCUGACCACUGAUUUCUGCCUGGAGUGGCAGUGGAGCAAUUCAGAUUCGUCCUGCAGACUCAUUUUGCGGGAGACAUCGUGGGGCGUUCCCUGUUCGUCCAUUCUCCGUGUUGACCUGCCGUCGUCUGCGACCGGAACCGCGCCCAUGGUGCUUCCUGGAGGUUCGUGGAAUACGCCGUCGUUUCUGGCGACAGUGCUUUGGCAAACGCAGAACGCAGUCUUCUCCACUCCGCUUUCCGUUCCGUCACGUCGCACGUCUCACGCUGUCGGAGCCCUGGCGGAAGUUCCUUUUCAGGAUGUGGACGAAGCGAACAUCCAUACGAAAGCGAUGCUGAGUCCUCAGAAGGAUGAUCUGCUGCUCGCCGCCGCAGGAGUUGCUGACAGCCGAGGUCGCCAGCUGUGUCGGAGCUUGCUUCAACUAUGCCGACAGUCGAGUCAGGACGAGGCAGCUUCUCUCGAACCAAAUGCGUUUUUGAGCACGUUGCGCCAGCAGAAAAACGGACGCAAUGAACUUGAAAACGGGAUCUGUCGCUUUCUUCGGAGCGGCAUCUUGCCGGCAUCUUCAAGGCUGGUAUCGUUUUUGAUUCAGUGCGAACUGGAGAGAGCAGCUGAGUGCUGCUGCACAGACCCCGGCCUUCAUGAACGUGACAUCGUCCGUCUCCUUCGGUGGCGUCCCGAGGUGUUUCUGCCCGUUGUUCUACACCGCACGCCGCAUCUAUCGAAACCGCUUCUAGUUCAGGCCUUUCAAGAACUCCUGGCGAAGGAACAGGGGCAGCACUCGGGCCCGUUGCUGCAGAUGCUUAAGCAGCUGCUUUCCUGGUUGGAGCUGUACAUCCAUGCUUCCUCUUCGAAGGAAGACAGGCAGAAGGCAGAGACGGCUCCGUCGCUUGAGCUCCUCCUUGACUUCGUAGCAGUCCUCGCUGACGCAGAACUACCGACUUGUUUCAGCGACAGAGCAAACGGAGAGGGUGCGCAUGGUCCGGACCACCAGGAGCGCGUCAUCUUUUCAAAGAUUUUGCGACGGGUGCAUGACUUAUUGCAACAAGAGGACGGGGCAGUGCUGCGCAGACUCGAAGGACGCCUUUUGGCUGUAUUGACCAGUGGGCACGCACUCAGUUCAGAUGCUGCAGUGGGACAUUCUUUGGUCCGCAGAGUGACGGUGUCUCUUUGA